ACGCAAUCACACCCAUAUAUAUUUCAAACCGGGCAAUCCAGCUUCUUAAUCAGAUCUUCCAAUCUAAAGCACUGUGCGAACUUCUUCCUUCUCUUCAUAUUGUUAUCUAAUAAGGGUCGGUGAUGUUGUGGAAGAGAAAUUUGGCGAACGAAGAAGGGAAGCACAGCAAAAUUCUCUGCAUUAUUGGGAAAGCAACCAUGAGAGACAUAAGAUGAACAGAACUCCAAAGGAAGCAGAUUUCUCAUUAAAACAGGAAAACCAUGACAAAGCGAAGGCUUCAACUUCAUCAAGCAGCUUAACAACACAAUGGCUAAGAUCAAAGGAUUCAAGGAUUGUUCGAGUUUCACGAGCCUUGGGAGGUAAAGAUCGUCACAGCAAGGUUUGUACAGUGAGAGGACUGAGAGAUAGACGAGUGAGACUUUCAGUACCCACAGCUAUUCAGCUAUAUGAUCUUCAAGACAGGUUAGGGUUUAAUCAGCCCAGUAAGGUUGUGGAUUGGUUGCUUGAUGUAGCUAAACAUGAAAUUGAUGAACUCCCACCACUGCAAAUUCCACCUGGAAGCUUCAGUUUCUAUCAUCAACCAUCUGGAGUAACUUUCAUGAACAAUGAUGAAAUUAUAACUAGUUCUCAGCAAAAUGAACAAGAAUUUAACAUCAAUGAGAGUCUUCAUCAUCACUUGGAAGGUUCAAACCCAAUCAUGUCCAAGUCUAAAGGAGAAGUGGCUGUUGAGAAAGCAAAUUGGAACAGAAGGGAAGAAGAUAGAGAGAAUGUGUUAACAAGAGGAAACAAUCAUCAUCAUCAUCCUUCUUUUCUGGGUUUGUUGAACACUAUGCCACUCGGUUAUACUGUUAAUAACCAAUGGGAGGCUAAUUCAAGCGACGUUUCUCACUCAGGAAACCUUGGAUUUGCAAACCAGCAUCAGACAGAUUCUAACGCUGUACCUUUCUCAGCACUGUCAUCAAACUUGUCUUUAUCAACUGGACAGAUAACUCAGCCAUAUUUUCCUUCACAUUUUGGAGCAAUGGACGUGGAUCCAAGGCAGAUCAAUGAGUAUCAGAUGUUGAGUUCAUCAAAUUCUCUGGUGAGUCCUUCUGCUAAUACUACAAGCCAACCUACGAAGCCAUUCAGCUUGAGUAUGAUGAUGAAUCCUAAACUUCUCCGAUCAUCCAACAGCAGUGAAACACAAUGUCGUAAGAAAGACCGGGUUUUUCCUUCCAAGUGAUACGCACAUGAUACAGGAUUUUCCUCAGAAGAAAAUAAGCAUGGAUAUAAGGAAGAUAUAUUAAAUUCUACUAGAUGUGUUUUAAAUAAUCACCUUCUUCCUUCGUGAACUGAUGUUUGACUUUCUGUUGGUUUACGCUUUAUCAGUGCGACCUUUUGUUACUUUUUCUGCGAUCAGUCUGAAUGCUGUCAUAAGAAAAAGUAAAUGAAUCUGCUCUUCACUACUGACU